CCAUUGUCAUCUGAGGAAACAGGGAGAAGAAGGGAGAACAGGACUGAAGGGAUACACAAAUCAGAUUAAAUAUGAGUAACAACAGGAAACGUCCAUGUCAGCUCUAUGGUCAAUAUACUGAACAGCUUCCCAGUCUUUCCCACAAGGAAGCAGCUGAACUUCUGAGUAAGAAGUCUCAAGAUCCCUUGAAGCGGAGAUGUCAUGCUGAACUCAAAGAGAAGAACUACUCUAAGUAUCAUGCCUGUACCAAAAGUAUCAAGAAAUAUGUGACGAAGAAGCUGGGAGAAGACUGGAUAUUCUUGGUUCUUCUGGGUCUGGUCAUGGCACUAGUCAGUUGGGGGGUGGAUUACACCAGUGCCAAGAGCUUGCAAGCUUACAAGUGGAUGUACAAAGAGAUGCACCCCAGCAUCCCUAUGCAGUUCCUGGCCUGGGUCACCUACCCCCUCAUCCUUAUCCUUUUUGCUGCCCUCUUCUGCCAGCUUGUCUCUCCACAGGCUGUGGGCUCUGGGAUUCCAGAAUUGAAAACUAUUAUGCGAGGAGUAGUCCUCAAGGAGUACCUCACACCUAAAGCAUUUGUGGCCAAAGUUGUAAGCCUAACAGCUGGCCUGGGAAGUGGGAUACCUGUUGGGAAAGAGGGCCCUUUUGUGCACAUUGCAAGCAUCUGCGCGGCUGUCCUCAGCAAGUUCUUGUCUAUCUUUUGUGGGGUUUAUGAGAAUAUGCAUAGGCAACUGGACCUCCUGGUGGCCGCUUGUGCAGUUGGCGUUGGAUGCUGCUUCGGGGCCCCUCUUGGAGGUGUUCUCUUUAGCAUUGAAGUCACUUCCACCUACUUUGCGGUCCGUAACUACUGGCGUGGAUUCUUUGCAGCCACAUUCAGUGCCUUCGUUUUCCGAGUCUUUGCUGUCUGGAACAAGGAUGCAAUCACCAUCACAGCCCUGUUCAGAACAAAUUUCCGCAUGGAUUUUCCCUUUGACCUCCAGGAGCUGCCAGCUUUUGCUGUAAUAGGGAUCUGUUCUGGCUUCCUUGGAGCAUUUUUUGUUUAUUUCAAUCGACAGGUGGUUUUGUUUGUCAGACAACAUACUGCUCUAAGUCAGUUCCUAACCAAAUACCGCCUUGUGUAUCCAGGGGUUAUAACUUUUGUGAUAGCAUCUGUCACAUUUCCUCCCGGCUUUGGACAGUUUAUGGCUGGAGAAUUGAUGCCCAGAGAAGCCAUCAGCAGCCUCUUUGAUAACUUCACUUGGGUAAAGCACACAGAGGACCCACAGCUUCUGGGGAAGUCUGCAGUUUGGAUCCACCCCAAAGUCAGUGUGUUUGUCAUCAUCUUGUUGUUCUUCCUCAUGAAGUUCUGGAUGUCUGUCAUCGCCACUACUAUGCCAAUACCCUGUGGAGGCUUCAUGCCAGUGUUUGUGCUGGGAGCUGCCUUUGGACGCCUGAUUGGGGAAAUCAUGGCCUGGCUUUUUCCUGAUGGGAUUAUCUUUGAUGGCUUUGUGUACAAAAUCUUACCUGGAGGAUAUGCAGUAAUUGGAGCCGCGGCUCUGACAGGGGCCGUCAGCCACACUGUCUCCACGGCAGUGAUUUGCUUUGAGCUGACAGGUCAGAUUGCCCACAUCCUGCCAAUGAUGGUGGCCGUCAUUCUUGCCAACAUGGUGGCUCAGAGUUUGCAGCCAAGCCUUUACGACAGCAUCAUCCAAGUGAAGAAACUGCCUUACUUGCCUGACUUGGGCUGGAACCAAAUAAGCAAAUACAAUAUUUUCGUUGAGGACAUUAUGGUGUGUGAUGUAAAAUUCAUCUCCUCUAACUGCAAAUAUCGGGAUCUGAAGGACAUACUCCAGAACACCACUGUUAAGACAUUUCCUCUGGUGGAUUCUCCAGAUUCCAUGAUCCUAAUGGGCUCAGUGGAGCGGACAGAGCUCCAGGCCCUGCUGCUGAGACACCUCAGCCCAGAGCGACGCCUGCAUCUUGCCAGGGAGAUGCAGCAGAAGCUGUUUGAGGCAUCUUAUGAUGGACACCAAUGGAAGCAUGAGUCAUUUGCUUUUGUGGAUGAGGAUGAGGAAGAAGAGGAAGAGGAAAAGACUGAGCUUCCGCAGCAACCUGCUUUAAUCCCUGGUUACCCAGAAGGACCUAAUGGCCCAGUGACUCCUCACAUGCUAGUGGCAGAGGCACCAACACCUCCACAAUCUCCAAGCCGGAGAUGCUGGCACCUGAGGAGGCUGAUGGAGCAACUUCCUUGUCUCAGCCGGAGCUCAUCGCCUCAGCCAGAAAGCACCGAGCAGGAGUCAGCAGAGGCUGAAGACCCAAUGAAGCCAGAAGAGAUAGAAGUUUGGGAGCAGGAGGAGCUCGAGAGAGAGGUGUGUUUCAGCAGCUGCCGCAUAGAUCCUUCUCCCUUUCAGCUGGUGGAGAGGACAUCACUGCACAAGACGCAUACUUUGUUUUCGUUGCUGGGACUCAGCCAUGCCUAUGUAACCAGCAUGGGGAAACUAAAGGGUGUGAUUGCACUGGAAGAGCUCCAGAAAGCCAUUGAGGGUUCUACAAGUACUGGGGUCCAACUUCGUCCUCCUCUUGCAAGUUUCCGUGAUGCCACUCAGACUUCAGGCAACAAAGAGCAGACCAAUUGGGCUACACAGAUGUGGAGCAAAGAGAACAGUCAUACAGUCCCUGGGGAAUCUGCAGUGGACUCAGGACCAGAGAACUCAGUGGACCCUGGUUCUCCUUUCUCACAACAAUCUUCCCUCCCCAGUCAAAGGAAAGGGAUGCUCUCUGUCUCAGCUGCUGAUAUGAAACCGGAGGACACAGAAGUUUCUGGCCCAGCUGCUGAGAACAUCUCAGACAUACUCAAGGACCUUAAGGUGCGCUCCAGAAACCUGGAAGAGGAUGAUAAGGAUGAUAAGGAUGUGCCACUAUAAUUGUACCUUGGAAGAAGUUUACCUUGUCCUUCAGCACAAUCCUCCCACCAUACUUGCAUUUCCAGGAAAGGCUUGUGAGCUGCUUCUCUGGUCUUAGUGAAAGAUAAUUCAUGCUAGAGAACUUUGGCUGUGUGGACUGGCUUUCCUUCUGCCAUUUUCAGUGGGAUGCAAGAAAGAAAGAAAUGAAAAGCAAAUGGGUGGAAGGAUCCUGGUUUAUAUCCUCCAGUUUUGCAUCCUUUGAUUAUGACCUCUGUGUGAGGCAUGCAGUAGGGCCCCAUUGUCUACAGGGAGAUAUUCAUUGACAAAAUUUGCAGUUUACUUCAGAUAAACCUACCACUUAUAUCAUCUGUCAGCAUGCCAUGGUGUUAGCCCUGUGGUGUAGUCCAGACAAGAAGCACAACCAGGAGUACCAGCUCUAUCUUUAUUGUAAGGUUGCAUUAACAGAAUCUUG